AUGGCUAAAUAUCUACUAACAAUUGGAGAGUCAGAACAUAUUGAGCCAACCCGAAUAGAAAGUCUAACAAUUGGAGAAUCAGAACAUAUUGAGCCAACCCGAAUAGAAAGUCUAACAAUUGGAGAAUCAGAACAUAUUGAGCCAACCCGAAUAGAAAGUCUAACAAUUGGAGAAUCAGAACAUAUUGAGCCAACCCGAAUAGAAAGUCUAACAAUUGGAGAGUCAGAACAUAUUGAGCCAAUCCGAAUAGAAAGUCUAACAAUUGGAGAAUCAGAACAUAUUGAGCCAAUCCGAAUAGAAAGUCUAACAAUUGGAGAAUCAGAACAUAUUGAGCCAACCCGAAUAGAAAGUCUAACAAUUGGAGAGUCAGAACAUAUUGAGCCAAUCCGAAUAGAAAGUCCAACAAUUGGAGAAUCAGAACAUAUUGAGCCAACCCGAAUAGAAAGUCCAACAAUUGGAGAAUCAGAACAUAUUGAGCCAAUCCGAAUAGAAAGUCUAACAAUUGGAGAAUCAGAACAUAUUGAGCCAAUCCGAAUAGAAAGUCUAACAAUUGGAGAAUCAGAACAUAUUGAGCCAACCCGAAUAGAAAGUCUAACAAUUGGAGAAUCAGAACAUAUUGAGCCAACCCGAAUAGAAAGUCUAACAAUUGGAGAGUCAGAACAUAUUGAGCCAACCCGAAUAGAAAGUCUAACAAUUGGAGAGUCAGAACAUAUUCAGCUAACCCAAAUAGAAAGUCUAACAGUUGGAGAGUGUAUUUCUUCAACAUACCAAGACAACUGGUACCCUGGUUAUGUGGAGAAAAUUAUGGACAAUUCUACAGCGAUUGUCAAGUUCAUGACUCACUGUCGUAAGAUGGGUUGUUUUCAGCGGCCACUGAGAGAAGAUAAGCAAGUUGUAAACAUUAAGUUUGUGACUGGCCAGAAAUUGGUGCCAGACCAUAUAAAUGCAGAUAGAUAA